GCGAUCCCCCCCUUUCUUAGGAUUUUCUGAACGGACAGCGCUUGAGACUGUUCGUCUUCUAUAACCGGAAUAAUACAAAAAGGACGUAGAAAAGAAUCUUCUUUGGCUCUCCAAAAAAAAAAAAGAAAAAAAAAAAGAAAAAGAAAAAGGAAAAAAGAAAAAGAAAAAGGAAAAAAGAAAAAAAAGAAAGAGAAAAGCAAAAAAGCUGCGAUUAAGUGAUUAAGUGAACAAUAAUAUUUUUGACAUUUUUUGUGAUUUAACAAAAUUUGAUUUGAGAACAAGAUGCCGGCCGACGUUGCAAUGGUGGAUGCCGGUGAAGUCGAAACGUUCGUUUUCCAAGCUGAAAUUGCUCAGUUGAUGAGCUUGAUCAUCAACACUUUUUAUUCGAACAAAGAGAUCUUUAUUCGAGAAUUGAUUUCCAACGCAUCCGACGCUUUAGACAAAAUUCGCUAUGAAUCUCUUACGGAACCGUCAAAACUCGACACGUGCAAAGAAUUAUUCAUCAAGAUCGUUCCUAACAAGAAUGACCGUACGCUUACUAUUCUCGACUCUGGCUGUGGUAUGACCAAAGCUGAUCUUGUCAAUAACUUGGGUACCAUAGCAAAGUCUGGUACUAAGGCCUUCAUGGAAGCUCUGCAGGCCGGAGCUGACAUUUCUAUGAUUGGUCAAUUUGGUGUUGGCUUUUAUUCUGCAUACCUAGUUGCAGAUAAAGUAACUGUAAUUUCAAAACACAAUGACGACGAACAAUAUUUAUGGGAAUCUUCUGCCGGUGGUUCCUUCAUAGUUCGCCCUGACAAUGGAGAACCCAUUGGACGUGGCAGUAAAGUGAUCUUGCAUAUCAAAGAGGAUCAGACCGAAUAUUUGGAAGAGGUAAAGAUUAGAGAGAUCGUUAAGAAACACUCGCAAUUCAUUGGUUAUCCAAUAAAAUUGGUCGUUGAAAAAGAAAGGGAUAAAGAAUUGAGCGACGACGAAGAAGAUGAACCGUCGUCAAAAGAAACUGAAAAUGAGGAUGACAAACCAAAAAUUGAAGAUGUUGGAGAGGAUGAAGAAGAGGACAAGACUAAAGGUGAAAAGAAAAAGAAGAAAAAGACGAUUAAGGAAAAAUAUACAGAGGAUGAAGAACUUAAUAAGACCAAACCAAUAUGGACAAGAAACCCAGAUGAUAUAACCCAAGAGGAAUAUGGUGAAUUUUAUAAGAGCUUGACAAAUGAUUGGGAAGAUCAUUUGGCUGUAAAACAUUUCUCGGUCGAAGGUCAACUUGAAUUCAGAGCCCUGCUAUUCAUACCGCGAAGAGCACCGUUUGAUCUUUUUGAAAACAAAAAACGAAAGAACAAUAUUAAAUUGUACGUGAGGAGAGUCUUCAUUAUGGACAAUUGCGAAGAUCUAAUUCCAGAAUACCUCAACUUCAUCAAAGGCGUCGUGGACAGUGAGGAUCUACCGUUGAAUAUCUCACGUGAAAUGUUACAACAGAACAAGAUACUUAAAGUUAUCAGGAAGAAUCUCGUAAAGAAAUGUUUGGAGCUUUUUGAAGAAUUAUCCGAGGAUAAGGAAAAUUAUAAGAAAUGUUAUGAACAAUUUAGUAAAAAUUUGAAAUUGGGUAUUCACGAGGACAGUCAAAAUAGGAAGAAACUUUCGGAAUUACUGCGAUACAACACGUCUGCUUCGGGCGACGAGAUGUGCUCGCUAAAAGAUUAUGUUGGUCGUAUGAAGGAAAGUCAAAAACAUAUUUAUUAUAUUACAGGAGAGAGUAAGGAACAAGUAGCCAAUAGUUCUUUCGUUGAACGCGUCAAGAAACGUGGCUUUGAAGUAGUCUACAUGACUGAGCCCAUUGAUGAAUACGUUGUACAACAAUUGAAAGAAUUUGAUGGGAAACAAUUGGUCUCUGUCACUAAGGAAGGCUUAGAACUUCCAGAGGAUGAAGAAGAAAAGAAGAAGAGAGAAGAGGACAAAGCUAAAUUUGAAAAUCUUUGCAAAGUCAUGAAGGAUAUCCUCGACAAGAAAGUAGAAAAAGUAGUUGUCUCAAACAGGCUCGUUGAUUCGCCAUGCUGCAUUGUUACUUCUCAAUACGGCUGGACCGCGAACAUGGAAAGAAUAAUGAAAGCGCAAGCACUUCGUGACACAUCUACCAUGGGAUACAUGGCUGCGAAGAAACAUUUAGAAAUCAAUCCUGAUCAUCCUAUAAUGGAAAAUCUGAGACAAAAAGCAGAGGCUGAUAAAUAUGACAAAUCGGUCAAAGACUUGGUAAUGCUUCUAUUUGAAACUGCCCUUCUUUCUUCAGGCUUUGCUCUUGAAGAUCCACAAGUCCAUGCAUCGAGGAUAUAUAGAAUGAUCAAAUUGGGUCUUGGGUUUGAUGACAAUGACACACCGAACGUAGAAGAAGAAAAGAUGGACACAGAAGUUCCUGCUCUUGAAGGAGAUGCCGAAGAAGCUUCGAGGAUGGAGGAAGUAGAUUAAUAUUCUAUAUCUGAUGUAUUAACGACAUAAUAUCCAAAGACUCUUUAGGAUGUAGAAAGAAGACUGUUGCUGACUAAUAAUUGUAUCGAUAAUUC